AUGGUUCUUCCACACCACAAGGAUGUUUCAAAAGCAGCUCCCGAUGGGUACGAAAAGCUAGCCCCCACGUUCAAAGUGUUUGCGCAGCGUCUUUCCGAUGUGCACAACGAGAAAGAGUCGAAAUUGUCCACAAAAGCUAACGAAAAGCUCUGGAAGAUCAUGCAGAUCCACCACGAGCGAUCGUUGUAUGUAUUCAAACUGUACUACAAGCGUAAACUCAUCAGCAGAGAUCUCUACGAGUGGCUGCUGAAGAGGAAACUGGCAGACCGUAACCUCAUCGCCAAAUGGCGCAAGAAGGGUUACGAAAAAUUGUGCUGUCUGCGCUGUAUUCAAUCCGAUGAGUCCCAGCACGGGACCACCUGCAUCUGCCGUGUCCCCAGGGCUCAAUUGGAGGAGGACGCCCUGCGUAAGGGCACCCAGGUCUCUUUCAAGCAGUGUGUCCACUGCGGAUGCCAUGGCUGCGCGAGUUCGAAUUGA